AUGUGGGAUCGCAUUGAGGAACGAUACAACGAGGUGAAACCGAGGUGGGCGUUCAAGCGGACCAAGGUUCAGCUGCGCAAGAACAGGUACGGAAGGGCUAGCGGUGAGAGCAUGGAUGAUGUCCUCAACAAGUCGUUGUCCGAGUACCAACGGCAGUUCGGGCAGUUCAAGCUGUACAAUGUUUGGCUGAUCUUGAAGGACAAGGCGAAGUUCAACAGAGGGAUACCGGCGGGAUCCUCGGCUGCGAAGCGGACGAAGACCACCGCCACUGGCGGUUACACGAGCAGCGGCCCAUCUCCUGUGGAUCUGAACGCUGAGCCGGAAGGGAGUUCGUCUACUUUUAGACGUCCCAUUGGUACCAAGGCUGCCAAAGCCCAGGCCAAAGGGAAGACGAAGGCGGGCGCGUCUGGAUCGGUGGUCGCCCCGCAGCUGCGCCUCCUCCAUCUGCUCAAUCAUGGACAGGGCGAUCGAGGAGUUCGGAGGUUAUCGCGAGGUGGUUGA